GUAAAUACACAAGUGCUUGUCCUUGCACCAUCCGUGGGUACACCAGCAUCAGACACACUGCUGGGGGCCCCAGGGGGGCUGCACUUCACUGCCUCCCUCCCUGGGUUCCAUGAGGCUGAGACCACCUGCAUCAGGGCCAGUGCGCUGUGUGGUUUACGUGCAGCCUUUCUCGUAAGGUUCCCUCAACUCCACUCACACCAAAGGGGGAGCAGAAGAGAAAGGUCAAGCAGAUCCAGGAGCCUGGACUCCAGGGGAAAAGCGCAUCGCCUCCUUUUGCUGAAGGACACUCCCUUCUGAUGGAGAAUGGGAACUCCCUUCCUCCUGCAGCAGCCUGUCUGCAGCGGUCCUGGUAGGUCAGCGUGGAAGCUGUAGGCUAUUGCAGCUGCCGAAACCCCAGAGAGAAAGUGCCUCAGAGCCAAAGCCAAGAGAGCUGCAGGACUUGUGAGGUUCAGAGCCAGCUUGGGGCUGCUGGGAAAGCAGCUGCAGUGUGGUGACAGUGACAAACGCACAGCAGAGCACUCCGAGUGGAUACCCUUUCCCCUCACACAACCAGAAAGACGCAGCCCUCAGCCUACAAGCUUCUUCAGUCUCGGAAGCACCAUAACCAGUAGCAGCUAAGCCAUGGCUGAAGGGGAAAUCACAACCUUCACCGCCCUGACUGAGAAGUUUAAUCUGCCGCUGGGGAAUUACAAGAAGCCCAAGCUUCUCUACUGCAGCAACGGGGGCCACUUCCUGAGAAUCCUUCCAGACGGCACAGUGGACGGGACAAGGGACAGGAGCGACCAGCACAUUCAGCUGCAGCUCAGUGCGGAAAGUGUGGGGGAGGUGUAUAUAAAGAGUACGGAGACUGGCCAGUACUUGGCCAUGGACACCGACGGGCUUUUAUACGGCUCACAAACACCAAAUGAGGAAUGUCUUUUCCUGGAAAGACUGGAGGAAAACCAUUACAACACCUACACUUCCAAGAAGCAUGCCGAGAAGAAUUGGUUCGUUGGUCUCAAGAAGAAUGGAAGUUGCAAACGUGGUCCUCGAACUCACUAUGGCCAGAAAGCAAUCUUGUUUCUCCCCCUGCCAGUCUCCUCUGAUUAAAAAAAUCUGUUCUGGGUACCCAUCACUCCAGAGGAGGCUGAAGGUGUCCUCACCCAGUUGACCCCAGAUUGUUCCCUUGACCAUUGGCUGCGCUAACCCCUGGACUACAGAGUCUGAAUUUGUAAACAAUGCGCUUCUUAAUGCCCAGUUCACUUUUUUGCAGAGCCCUUUACCCCAGCACAGUUUGGAAAAGAGGGAACAAAUGGCUCCUAGGGGCCAAGUGGCUGGCCAGUCUGGGUCUCCUUUGGAUGUCCAGUUACCCCUGGACACCUGCAGGCUGAGCCUCUCAAUGCAAAGACAGGGCCAAAUGAAGUGUGGUUAAGGGGUCUGCCAAGUGGGUCAUGAGUAACUGCAUACAGUUCCCUCUACUGAGUAAACUCUGUGAUCUCCCC